AUACAGGACAUACUGCUGAUAUGAAUAUAUUUUUAGAUGAUCCAGAAUUUGCAGAAAUUAUUCUGAGAGCAGAACAAGCUAUAGAAUGUGGAGUUUUUCCAGAAAGAAUCUCUCAAGGAUCCAGUGGGAGUUACUUUGCCAAGGAUCCAAAAGGGAAAAUUAUUGGAGUGUUCAAACCAAAAUCUGAAGAGCCUUAUGGACAUCUAAAUCCAAAAUGGACCAAAUAUUUUCACAAAGUUUGCUGUCCUUGCUGCUUUGGCAGAGGCUGCCUCGUUCCAAAUCAGGGAUACCUCUCUGAAGCUGGUGCCUAUCUUGUGGAUGACAAGCUGGGGCUAGGAGUUGUACCUAAAACUAAGGUUGUCUGGCUUGUCAGUGAGACCUUUAAUUACAGUGCAAUAGAUCGUGCAAAGUCAAGAGGAAAGAAAUACGCUUUAGAGAAAGUGCCAAAAGUUGCUAAAAAAUUUAAUCGAAUUGGACUACCUCCUAAGGUUGGCUCCUUCCAGCUGUUUGUUGAAGGAUAUAAGGAAGCUGACUAUUGGCUCAGGAAGUUUGAAACUGAUCCUUUACCUGAGAACACAAGGAAAGAAUUUCAGUCACAGUUUGAAAGAUUGGUUAUCUUGGACUAUGUCAUUAGAAAUACAG